GAUCUUAGACGCGAUAGGAAAACUAUAGAAGAGCUUCAAAAGACUAACCAGCGUCCUGUUACCCCAGAAGAGCCUAACACAUCUCCCAGGGAAUGGCUAUCGGUCAAAAGAUUGGAGCUCGUCACUACCUCGAAUGCUCUGCACGGACUGGCGAAGGUGUCCGUGAGGUCUUCCAGUACGCCACCCGUGCCGCCCUCCUCUCCCGCAGCAAAGGCAAGGCGAAGAAAUGUGUUCUUCUCUAGGACACUAGGUCACAUUACACCCAAUGUCCCAGAAGUUAGUUUCUUCCAAUAA